CUAAGCAUACAGGCUACAGCCAAUGAGCCAAAGAUCUAUCUCUUUCUCUCCAAAACUCUUACAUCUCCCGCACUUCCAUUUCCUACAGUUCCCCGCGGUUCCUCCAAAUCCUCACUCUCUCCAAUGGCUACUGUUCUCGAUUCCCUCGCGGUUCCUCGUUCCUCUGCUCUUCCUUCCUCUGCUUUCGCUCCGAUUGCCUCCUCGCCAGUCUGCUUUCUCUCCGGCCGUCGGGGAUCGAUGAGGUUGCCGGAGUUCUCAGGUUUGAAGAUCCAGCCGAGUCUCGCCUCUCGUUCAGUGGCUGCGGCGGGUCGGAGUUCGAGAGUAGGUCGCCGUGUUGGAGGAGUCGUGUGCGAGGCUCAGGAGACUGCUGUUGAAGUAUCUGCUGUGAUUGAUGCAACCUGGCAGUCACUUGUUCUUGAUGCUGACACCCCCGUUCUGGUUGAAUUCUGGGCUCCAUGGUGCGGUCCCUGCCGCAUGAUCCACCCAGUAAUCAAUGAACUGGCAAAGCAAUACACUGGGAAGCUCAAAUGCUACAAAGUGAACACUGAUGAGAGCCCUUCUAUUGCAACACGGUACGGGAUCAGAAGCAUACCAACUGUCAUCAUCUUCAAGAGCGGCGAGAAGAAAGAAGCAAUUAUUGGUGCUGUUCCCAAAUCCACAUUGACCACCAGCAUCGAGAAAUUCUUAUAGAGGUGGUAAGUUAAAAGAUGCAACUUUGCGGGAAUUAAGCGGUUUGUAGUAUUUGCUUCUUUGAUAUUUAGAUCCUGAUGUUACACUUUCGGUACCGUUGCUUCCUUACAGUAAACUGUCUUAUGUUCUCUUUGUAUAGUUAUUGCUUGUUGCUGUAUUUCCAGUUUCCUUUAGUUAUCUACUUAUAUGUAUCAGUCAUUUGAAUAUCCCUUUGUAACUUGUCCCAUCUUCUCAUCU